CCAGCCACUGAAACUUGUUGUCAAAUCCGAUGGAGGUUAUGAUUUGAACGAUUUGAACUUGGGGAUUUAGGGGGUCAAUUCCUAUCGCUUAUCGGCUAAUCCCCUCACCUCCAGCUCCCAAAUAGAGUGACACGUUAAUUGUAGAAUAGUAACGUCUAAGGCAAGCAAUGGAGCUGCAGUGCAAAGUCCAGAACUAUGAAUGGGGCAAAAAGGGCUCCGCUAGCAAGGUGGCGCAGCUGCAAAAGGGGGCGAAUCGACAAUUUGAAAUAGACGAAAACCUGCCCUAUGCGGAGCUCUGGAUGGGGACGCAUGUCAAUGCGCCCUCAGUAGUGAAAACGACCGAUAAACCACUUGCGGAUGUUAUUACACAACACCCUGAGUAUCUAGGCGAAGAAGUGCUGAAGCAAUUUCAGGAACUGCCCUUUUUGUUCAAAGUUCUGUCUGUAAAUAAAGCCUUGUCAAUCCAGGCCCAUCCUUCCAAGAAGCAUGCAGAACAGUUGCAUGCUCAGUUCCCCGAUGUUUACAAGGACCCCAAUCACAAGCCUGAAAUGGCCAUUGCUUUGACCCCAUUUGAGGCUCUGUGUGGCUUCCGGCCUUGGCCCCAAAUCAAACACUUUAUAGAAACUAUUCCAGAACUGCAAGAGGUUGUGGGGUUGGACUCUACAACGGCCGAUGGUGAUCUAAUAAGGCGCGCAUUUAAACAAAUCCUCACAUCUAGCAAGAGCAUAAUAUCUGCAGCUAUUGAUAGUCUUCUGAAGAGAUUUGCCGGAUCGGAUGCUGGUGAGCGCUGUUUUUUGCACGCUGACUUGGUUGAGAGGCUGCACUCAGAAUUUCCCUAUGACAAUGGAAUUUUGAUGGUCUACUUUCUAAACUAUUUACAAUUGAAGCCAUCUGAGGCUCUGUUUCUAGGCGCAAAUGAACCUCAUGCCUACUUGUUUGGAGAUUGUAUUGAAUGUAUGGCAUGCUCGGACAACGUCGUUAGAGCGGGAUUAACUCCAAAAUUCGUUGAUGUCGAGACACUUUGCUCCAUGCUUAUAUACGAGGGCGCUCCACCUGAAGAAAAGCUGUAUUCACCCGCCCGAGAAGAUGGUUUUUCUGUUAUUUUUCGACCUCCUGUCCCGGACUUCGCGGUCGUCCAAAUUAAAAUUCCUAGCAGUGAAGUUGAAUAUUCGACAAUAGCAAGAAACAGUGCAAGUAUUUUGCUGGUCGUGUCAGGCAAUGCCCAGUCCUCACUGGGCGCAGUUGGAUCAGGAACCAUCCUUUUCAUUCCCGCAAUGGAAACUGUGGCUUUUACGAACAUUUGCGGCGAUCUGCUGAUGUAUCAGGCGCUAGCCAAUGUUUAGAUUGUUUAUGUUUGUUCCAAAGCUGCUGUUUAUUCAAGUGAAAAGGCAAUUGAUGUGAUGUUUCAAUUGGACGUUGUUUCACUUAACGCUUGAAAUUUGCCGAUAAUAACGACGUGAUACCCUGCCUUGAAAAGUCCCGGAAAUUUAUGUUUAAGCGGGUUUGCUAUGAAGUGGAAGCAUUCGCUGUUUUAUCACGAAAAAGCAUCCACCUAAUGAUCGAGAAACAUCAGGGUCUGGACCAAUUUUGAUGGCCACACUCUUUCGAGCCCACAAAAUCUAGAUGGUUUAGAGUCAAUUGUUGCCAACAUUUAUUGAGAUGAAUAGUGAACUGUAUGAAGAACAAGACGGGAGCGGUCGUUAUUUUGUGAAGAAAGGAAGCAUCCGCCGAAUAAUCAAGUAAAGCCAUUUGGGAUUGUAAGAUGAAGACGAAUUAGGACAGUUUCUUGCUAAUAUUUUGUCCAUAAAUUAAUGAAAAUGCGCAUGACUCGGCGUCCAAUUGCUAAUAAACCCUGCCAACAUUUCUGGCCUUACAACAGUGCAAGCACACAUCUCGUAAUUGUGUUUAGCGCUACGAAUCCAGACGUAAAUCAUAAUGGUUGACAAGGUGACUGUGGGGCUUUUCAUUAUCUUGAUGGUCCAUUUAGCAGCGGGAGCCACAAUGAAUCAGUCAGGAGAAGAAAGUGAAGUUGUCGAACAAAAGGCGACAAGAAUCAGACAGAAUCCUUUCGCCCCUUUCGCCAUUCCCAUCCUGGUGUCUGAAGACGAGGAUGCAGAUGAAAAAUCUGCCAACAAUCCAGAGGACGAGGCGAUUAUUGGUGAGGCUAAAAACGGGCUGCAUCCCGCAAAUGUCCACUAGAAGUACGAAAGCAUACUUUAUAUGAAUAAAAUACUAUCAGCAUAUAAGUAACGCAGAAUUAGAAAAACAGUUGUUUGCAAA